AUGUCCAACACUACAGGCAUAGGCUACGGCUUCAACUCCCCAACACCCUACAACCGACGCAAAGGCGGACCGAGAUUCGACGACCUGCAGGCCUCGAGCGCGGUCAACCGACACAUCGUCCACCUCCACCGUCGAGGCAAGAAUUGGAGGGAGAUCGGAGAGACUCUCAACAGCACAUUCCCCCACGACGACCAAGUCAAGGGUCUCCGGGACAAACAGAAAGCUGUCAACGAGCGUGGUCUCAAAUUCCGCCUUCACGUUUCGAUUCGCCAGGGACUCGAUAUACCGGCUACUUGGCUAUAUGAGUAUGUCCGUGAUGCGAUCGCUGCGACGGGAUCGGAACAGCAGGCGAGUCAGCGGGUUAUAGAAGCCUGCAGGCAAGGAAACGACAUUCCGUCGAGGACGGCCUGGGCGUGUCGUCGCUGGUUGGAUUCCUGCUUCCAGAUCGACGGAAGACCCGCAAUGGAUGGACGCCCUGCGAACAGCAGCAACAUCCAGCCUGGCAACGAUCCGGAUCACCCCUUCGUCAUUGAGGACUCGACGGCGUCGAAACACCGACCAUUCACCGGCACACGCGGCAGAAGAAAUCCCCCCGCCUCCGACGAAGAGCAGAUGCUAGACAUCCCAUCCGCACACCCCUCCUCCUCCUCCCCCUCUGAAAUCGACUCCGAACCCCUGUGGUCCACCUCCUCCGGCUCGACCUGGAAUUUCCAGAACCCCUCUCCGCGCUUCCGUCCCUGGACCAAUCCCCCUCCUGCCUCUUCCUCUUCUUCUGCCUCUUCCAAAAAGAAACUCCUCGCCCAACUCUCCCAACUCCACUCCCAACACCACUCCGCCCAAAACUUCCUCCAAACCCAGAAAUGCCGCCUGGCAAAAGCCCGGGAAUUGGAAAAUGAGGCCUGGCGCGAGCUGGGGGAGCUGCGGGGGGAGGUCCUACUUUUGCUUCCAGGAGGGGUCGAAUUCGAAUUCGAAGAUGUUGUUGUCCGGGAGGAGGGUGAAGAAGGGCAGGAGGAUGAGGAGGAGAAGGAGCCGGUAGAAUUAGAACUAGAAUUAGAUUUCAGCAAGCGGAAUUGGAGCCCGAGGGCCGACGUGCGGGCGUUGCAGGAGGGGAUCGAAGGGUUGGAUUUCGCGGGUCGGGUGCGGUAUGAGGCGUGGAGGGGUCUUGCGGAGGAGAGGACGGGGAGGUAUGGGGGGGGGGGAGAUUCGGAGGUUGGAGGGGAUUAG